GAAGAAGUUUCCAUAAGUUUGGACCAUAGUGAAACUACAGCAUUUAUUAUGGUUUGAACAACACCAAAUUUACACAAAUAGUGACUACACUAUUCAAACAAGGAAAACUUAUAUGGAGGGAAGAUUUUUUUCCUUUCCCAAUACAAACACUUUUAAACUUUUGAUUCAAUGUAUAUUUUCAAGAUUUGUCUAAUUUGAAGGUAAAAAGGAGGAGGAGAUUUAAAAAAAAAAAAUGCCAGCAGUUUGGUUUGCUUUAAAGAAAUCAUUGCAGUGUAGAUCAGAGAUAAAAGAUGUGUAUGAUCCAAGAAGUGAAGGGAAAAAUUUAAGCAAGAUAUCGACUAAAAAGGCGACGACAGGUAGGUCAGGUUGUUCAAGAUCAAUUGCAAAUCUGAAAGAUGUUAUACAUGGAAGUAAAAGGCAUAUGGAGAAGCCACCAUUACAGAGUCCAAGAUCUAUUGGAAGCAGUGAGCUUUUGAAUCCAAUUACACAUGAAGUUGUUUUGAGUAAUUCAACUUGUGAACUCAAGAUUACUAGUUGUAAUUUCCAAGAUGGUAAUGGGAGUAGUGGGAAUAAUGUUGAGAGUAUUUCUGCUUUUAUGGGUACUUUAAAACCAGGGACCCCUGGUCCUGGAGGACACCAUAUUGGGUCAUCAAGGAAAUACAGAGGCUUUGGUAGUCCUAUAAGAAAAGGGUCACCUGGAAAUUUAUCAAGAAAAACAGGGCCUGGAUUUGGGGGUAAUGUUUCUAGGCCUAAAGCUUCUUAUGGUGCUGAUUCUCAUGGCUUGACUUGUCAUAAAUGUGGUGAACAAUUUGUGAAAUGGGAAGCUGUUGAAACACAUCAUCUCUCAAAACAUGCUGUGACAGAACUUGUUGAAGGGGAUUCUUCGAGGAAAAUCGUAGAGAUAAUAUGCAGAACAAGCUGUUCAAAGCCUGAAAACAGUUCAAAUGGUAUUGAGAGAAUCUUGAAAGUUCACAAUAUGCAGAAAGUACUAGCUCAAUUCGAGGAAUAUCGCGAAUUAGUGAAAAUCAAAGCCAGUAAACUCGCCAAGAAACACCCUCGUUGCUUAGCAGAUGGGAAUGAGCUUUUAAGAUUCUUUGGCACAACUGUUGAAUGUUCUCUUGGCAUGAACAGCUCUUCUAGCUUAUGUACAUCAGAAAAAUGCAAAGUUUGCAGGAUUUUACAACAUGGAUUCUCAAUCAAGAAGGAAAUAAAUGGUGGGGUUGGUGUUUUUACAGCUUCCACAAGUGGAAGAGCACUAGAAGCCAUUGAGGAAAAUGAUGAAAAUAUAUUAUCUUGUAGAAAGGCUCUAAUAGUAUGCAGAGUAAUUGCUGGUAGAGUGCAUAGACCAUUGGAAAAUGUUCAAGAAUUGAUGGGUCAAUCAGGAUUUGAUUCAUUGGCUGGCAAAGUUGGACUUUACUCAAACAUUGAAGAACUCUAUUUGCUCAGUCCUAAAGCUUUGCUUCCUUGCUUUGUGGUGAUUUGCAAAUCAUAAAUACACAUUGUGCAUGAGCCAUUCUCUCAUGUAGAUCAAUUGAAGUUCUUUAUGUUUAGUUGAAGUGUCCUGCUUCUAACAAGUGUAAAUUUUAUUCUUUUGCAUUUUGAGAUAUAUGGGUUUUGAAUCAUAGUGGUUUCUUAAUGAUUUCAACUUGCUACUUAAUAGUAACAUGUGACCACAAAAACUCUCCUUGGUGGAUACAAUAAUUUGGUAUUUGUUGAUGAUCAGAGAUGACAAAUAUUUUAUGGAAUUAAUCGAGGUGUGUGAAAGCUUGUUCGGACACCAUCAGUUUACCGGUCUCGGCCAACAGAACUUAGAACAACAGGAAGUUUUUCUAGUGUGUAAGAGGAAAAUUGGAGAUAUGUCCGUGAAAUGUGGUGUAGUGAAUGAGUUAUAUUUAUUUACUCUU